UUUCAUCUCAGAGCGCUCUUACUCUGGCUUACAGUUCUGCACUUGCACCUGUCGACUGCCCGAUCCUUCGUCGCUUUGCUCAUAGGACGCAUUAGCUUUCAGUAACAAUAUUCAGCUCAGAAGGUUACAUUCUGGCGACACCGACAGGUGGUCGCAGCCAGCCUAUUGACUGGAGCCGGCCGCGUGCUUCCUGACCAGCGAAGCAUCUAUCUUGGCGGUUUACGACAAUCAUUCAGUAGCCGGAAUACGUCUGGCACAUUAUCAGGAGGACCCUUUCGCGUCGUGUGGCAUCGCUGUGGACUCGCUAGGCGGAGGCUCUUUCCUACGCCAACAUAGCAGCAGCUAGCUGAAAGGGCACUGGAGUAGGGUCCAUUCAAGUCGCCAACUGGUGGCCAUUUUACGUCGGCAUCACUCCACCUCCUCCGAGUCCAGUCAGUCGCCCGCAUGCUUAAGUAUUACCGCUGAAAUGCAGCGACAUUCAGCUCUCCUAUCACCAGGUGUCUGAGCUCACGCCCCGACCGGCGUCUUUGGGCCGACCAGCGUGUCUUCGUGUGGCCGACCCGAGACCCGAAAUCACCAGCUCAACUCUCACGCGCACAACACCAGCUCUAUUGGGGCACACGUGACACAAAGCACGGCACAGAAUGUUCUACUCGACUCAGAUUCUGGCCCGGAAGGGGCCGUUGGGCCUGGUGUGGAUGGCGGCACACAUGGACCGCGGACUGAAACGCAGCCAGGUGUCGGAGGCCUCCAUCCCCGGCACGGUGGACGCGCUUCUGGAGCCCGAGGUGGCGGCGCCCAUGGCGCUGCGGCUGAGUGGGCAGCUGCUGCUGGGCGUGUGCCGGCUGUACUCCAAGAAGGUCGCGUACCUGCUGCAGGACACGCAAGAUGCGCUGGUGAAGAUCCGACUGGCGUUCAGGCCGGACCAGCUCGCGGCGCUGACCAAGGCCGCGGCGGCCGCCGCCGCCAAGGCGGGUCGUGGGGGCGGCGGCGGCGGCGGCGAUGCCUAUCUGACUGCGCCGCUGGACGACAUCACACUGCCUGAUGGCAUUGAGGAGCUGACACUGCUGGCGGGCGACGGCGGCUGCUUUGAUCUGGGUGGGGCGCUGCAGCCAGCCCUGGACCUGGAGGCGGUCAUGGCGGACCUGCAGGCGGCCGCCACGGACACGGACGGCGGCGGCGGUGCGGCCGGGCGGCGGCGGCGGCGCCAGAGCCACGCGGCCAGCAUGUCCGCCAGCCUGAGCCAGGGCGGCCUCAGCCAGGGCGCCGGCUACAGCCUGCACGGCCACGGCUACAGCCUGCUGUUCGCGCCGUCCGGGGACCUGGGGGCGGCGGCGCGCCUGAGCAGUGGCGGCGGCAGUGGCGGGCUGGACGGCGGCGGCGGCGGCGGCGGCGUGGAGAUGGAGGUCUUUGAGGACGCGGGAGACCCGUUCGCCUUUGAUCUGGAGGAGAUUGAGAUCGAGCGACUGCGGGCCGCGCCGCCGGCCCAGGCGGCGGCAGUAGCAGGCGCCGUGCCUGGCGGCGGUCCGGCGGCAGUAGCAGGCGGCAUGACGGACCUAGCGGCGCUGCUGGGCCGCGACAGCCUCGGCGGCGGCCCCGGCAUUAGCGCCGCGGCGGCGGCGGCGACGGGGGAGGGGGGCGGCGGUGUCGGCAGCCCCAGCAGCGGCGGCGGCGGCGCCAGCGGCGCCGCGCUGAUGAGUAGGGAGCGCGAGAGCAUUGGCGGCGCCGCCAGUGCCAAGGCGGCGGCGGCGGCGGAGCGGCGGCGGAGCACGGCGGCGGCGGCGCGUGGCGGCGGCGGCGGCGGUUUGGAUCUGCUGCCGGAUCUCGACGGCGCGGCGGGCGGCGUCGGCGCCGACCUGGAUCUGGAUUUGGAUCUUGACCUGGCCGACGACAGCGGUGAGGCGGGCGGCGGCGGCGCGGCGGCGGCUGGCGAGCAGGUUGGGGACGUCGGCUCAGCGAGUGCUGCCCGCGGUGCCCGCGGUGGCGGCGUGGGUGCCGGUGUCGCGGGUGCAGGUCUGGAUGUGGGUGUGGAUGUGGUGGAUGCUGCUACCGGCGGUAGUCAGGCCCGGGCGGCCCCGCGCUCUGGCGUUGCCCUCUCCACUUCAACUGCCGCCGAGCCGGAGGAGGUAGAGCGGGAGGAGGGCGCAGAGGCGGAUGCAGGUGUUGUGGUCGGCGCUGCUACUGCCGGUGCUACUGCCGGGAUGGCGGGGGCGGCGGCAGUAGCGGUGCUGCGGCCGACUGGCGAGGAGCUGGCCGCGGCGGCGGCGGCGCUGGCGGCGGCGCAGGCGGCGGCGGACCCCUACGCCGUUCCGCAAGACGAGCAGGACGGCGAGGAGGAGGAGGAGGAGGGGGAGCGGGCAGACGAGGAGCUGCAGCAGCAAGAGCAGCAGCAGCAGCCGCAGCAGGAGGACAUGGAGGUUGAGGCGCCGGACGUGGCCGCCGCGGCCUCUCCCGCUGGUGCUGCUGCUACUGCCACUGCCACCACCGCCAUCACCGGUGCUGGCGCUGCAGCGGAUGUGCAGAUGCAGGAGGCUGAGGCGGCGGGGGGCGGCACAGGGGCGGCGGCGGCGGCGAUGGAGCAGCCGGUACCAUCAAGCCAGGCGGAGCCGGAGGCAGUGCAGCAGGCGCCUCGCCGGAUGCCAACCCGCAGGUCGGCCGCCGCUGCUACUGCCGCCGCUGCUACUGCUGCCGCUACUGCCGCCGGCGCCUCACCGGGAACUGACGCUGCUACUGCCGGCAGCCCGGGCGCGGCUGCUGCAGCCCCUACGACGGGCACCGCAGCAGCAUCACCGGCACAGCGGCCUUCGGGUGCCGCUGGUGCUACUGCCGCUGGUGCUACUGCCGCUGGUGCUGCUGCUGGUGCUGCUGGUGCUGUGACGGUGUCGCCUGCUGCCAAGUCGCCUCUGGACGCUGGGGCGGCAGCACCGCGGCGGGCUGCUGCUGCGGGGGCGGCGGCAGCCCGGAAGCCCCUGCGUCGUCCGGUCACCGUUGAUAAUGCGCCCGGCAUCCCCCCAUCACACCUGCGCGAGUGGCUGCAGGACCGCUCCCUCCUCCUCGACGCCACUCGAGCGCCCCUCACCCUGGCCGCAGCCAGCCGUCGCGCCGCCAAACGCCCGCGCCCCUCCCUUGGCAGCGGCGCCGCCGCCGCCGGCCCUGCAAGCCCCGCGCCUUCCCCACUUGCUACAGCCUCGCCGCGGUCAAGGCGCGCGGCUGUAGCAGUUGAUGCCAACGCUGCGCUAGGCGGCGAGGCGGCAGGCGCUGGCGAGACGGAUGCGGCGGCGGCGGCGGGCGCGAUGUUCGCGGCUGGGUCGGCGGCCCUUGGUGGCUGGCCGCUAGCGGGUGCGCCGCUGGGUGGCCCCGUCGCUGGCAACACCGGUGGCGGCCGCACCGCCCGCCGCGCGCUGCUCAGCAGCCGACUGCUGCUGCUGGGGCGGCCGCCGGGCGGCGGGGCCGGUGCUGGCGGCUGUGCUGGCGGCAGUGGUGUCAGUGAUAUCGCCGCAUUCGGCGACGUGGGGGCAGCAGUGGGCGACGUGGGGGCAGCAGUGGGCGGCGGCGGCUCGGCUCUGGCGCCACACCUUCAGGCGCUGUUCCGGGUGGCGGCAGGCCACAUGGCGCCGCACUACGCGCUUCAGAUGGGCGCGGCGGCCGCCGCAGCCCUGGGUGGAGGCGCAGGGGCGGCCUUCCGCCACCACCACCAGCAGCACCAGCACCACCAUCGCCACCACCCACCCGCGCCCUCGCCCGCCGCCGGCAUCCAUCGCCGCCCGCCGCCCGGCACACCCAACGCCGACGCCGAGGCCGCCGAUGGCGCGGGCGACGGUGGCGGCUGGGCUAUGGCUAUGGGUGGUGCGGCUGCCGCCGCCGCCGCGGGCGGUUUGGACACGGGCCUGCUUCGCGGCAGCCUCAGGGCGGCGGCGGGGCUGGCGGGUGCGGGCACGCCCGCGGCGGCGGCUGGUGCUACAGUUGAGCUGCAUCAGCUACAGAUGCAGCAGGUGCAGCUGCGGGAGCAGAUGCAGGAGCAGAUGCAGGAGCAGGAGCAGAUGCAGGAGGCCGGCGUGGCGGCAGCUGGCGGCGGCAGCUGCGGCAAUGCCAAUCAGCUGUGCCAGCAGGGCGCUGACGACCACAUGGACGUCGACGGCGGUGGCGGCGGUGGCGGCGGCAGCCCGGCCGCAAGCGCCGGUGCUGGUGCGGCGGCAGCCGCCGAGGCUGACGCCGGAGCCUCGGCGGCGGCGGCGGCGGCAGCCCUGACGCGCUCUCAGUCUCAGUCCCAGUCCUUCCUCCUCGAGCACUCUGACAAGGAGAACCAGCCGCCACAGCUGCAGCCAGGGGCGCAGCCAGGAGCGCAAAUGCCGCUGGAGCAGCAGCAGCAGCUCGGCGGCGGCAAGGCGGCGGCGGCGGACCUGGCGGCGGCGGAGGCGGAGGCGGUGGUGGCGGCACAGGAGGGCGGCGUGCCGUCAGGCGGAAGCGAGGUGCUCAGCCCGCUGCGGCUGCUACAGCCGCUGCAGCCGCGAAACGCCGCCGGAGGCGGGCGCACACUGGCGGCGGCGCCGCCGCCGCCGCAGCACGCCGCGCCCCUCGCCGCCGGCGCCAUCGCUGCUCCGGGCCAGCAGCAGGAGCAGCAGCAGCAACCCGGUGGCGGCACGGGCCACGCCGCCGCCGCCGCCAGCCAGGACGAGCUCGUGCUGGGCGGAUUCGGAUCUGGAUCCGGUUCCGGCAUGGGCCCAGAUCUUGGUGAAGAGCCCGCGGACAUGGAUCUGGAGCCGGGCUUGCAGGCGCAUGGCCACGCCCUUGGUGAUGACGCGGUGGCGGCUGAGGCGGCGGCGGUUGACGGCGGUGGCGGCCGGAUGUCCAGGGCCGCGUCCGCGCAUGGGAGCCAGGAGCAGCAGCGGGAGCCGAUGGCAGCGGCGGCGGCGCUGGCUGCUGGUGUGGGUGCUGGCCAACCGCACGUGACACCCUUCGCACAGCCCGGCAUUCAGCAGUCCGCAGCAGCCGCUGCGGCGGCGGCGGCGGCGGCUGGUCUUGGCUCCGCUGCCAAGUCGCGGCAUGACGGCAACGCGGCGGCGUCAGACGAGGCUGCUGUGGGUAGCGCGCGGCAGUCGUACUCCUUGGGUGGCGGCGGCGGCAGCGCGUCUGCCGGCAUUGGCGGCGGCUUCGGCGGCGGCGGCGGCGCGACACCGUCAGCCGGCAAUGGUGGCGGCUUUGAUGGCGGCGGCGGCGACCAGGAGGGGCUUGCGGCGCUGCCGAGCACCAGCAGCAGCUAUGGCGCCCUAAGCGGCGGCGGCAGUGGCGGUAGUGGCGGUAGCGGCGGUGGGCUGUUGGGGCGCACGAUGGUCCAGUUCGAUGCAGUGGCGCGGGCGGUGGUGGCCUUGUCACAGCAGCAGCAACAGGACUCCCAAGCCAAGCUGCUGCUGCUGAGUCAGGCCCAGCAGCCGCAGCCCACACAGCCGCGGCUGGCGCCCCCCACACAGGAGGCGCUACUGCCGGCCACGCAGCUGCAGCCUGGCGCUGCUGCCGGCGCAGCUGCUGCGUCUGCUUCUGCGUCUGCUGCUACAGCCUCCGCCAGCCUCCAGGCUAUGGUGACGGGGCGCAGCCGGCGGGAAGCGGCCAGGUGCUUCUAUGACAUGCUCGUCCUCAACAACCGCGGCCUGGUGCGGCUGCAGCAGCAGCAGCAGCCGGGCAGUGAGGCGACCGGCGGCAGUAGCAGCAUCGCGGCGCAGCCGGUCGCGCCUGCUGAGGGCGGCGCGGCGGGCGUGGGGGCAGCGGAGCCGGGGACGGUGGCGGGUGCGGGUGCGGGGACGUGCCCUGACGUGUCGGUGACGCUCACGGCAGCGGGAGUGGCGGCGGCGCGGCAACGGGGCAUUGAAGGUGUGGGAGAGCAGCAGCACUUGUUGCCGGUGAUCGUUCUUGCCGCUGGCGUGCCAGGAAAAUAAAGAUCGUGUGCAACUUGAAGGACGUACUGAAAUGCUGUCAGUUGGAACCGUGACCAAAGAUGACGUGAUACGGUGCGGGUCUCGUUGGAGCAGCAAGACAAUUAGGGAAUUUGAGUCAGAACUUGCGGGGUACAGUAUCGUGUUGGACGCAAGUCCCCGCGUCCUUUGACCAUGAACUUCAUUACCGUACUCAAAGCAAUGGCAACAUCAAUGACGGAUGACCAAAUGUGCGUGUAAGUGAUUGCUAGCUGAACAAGCUUCCUCAGCACCCGCCAAUUCGUCAUUUGUAACGCUUGUGCUAA